ACCUUUUGGAGGUGUGGGGAUGCCCUGAAGGGCCACAGUGCCUGGCCUCCUCCAUCAGAAACAGACAUCUGCACGUGGGGUGACAAAGGACAUCCAGCCCGUUGGGUGCCUUCUGAGGGCACAGAGAGGACUUGCCAGACAGGGCGAGAUGGACUUGGAGGAGGACUUGAGAGAAGGCAGCACCUCUUCUUGUGCUGCCACCACUGACCACAUGUCCCAGGCCACACCUCCGGGUGUUUCAGAGAGCCUAAGGUGCCCAAUCUGCCUGGACACCAUAAAUGACCAAGCCUCUGUGAGCUUGCACGGGCAUCCUGUCUGUUUUUCCUGCCUAGUGGAGUGGUUCCACAGAAGAGUAGGUUGCCCAAUAUGCCAGUGGUCUUUCCCACACUACUUUUGCAUGGUGGGAGACACUGACUCCGAGAUGUGCUCUAUUGGGCAGCACAGCAGCUCCGACAGCCAUGCUCAAGGAGGGAGAGCUGGAUCCAGCUCUGAGGAAUGGAGGUGGCAUCGUUCCUCAGCACGCCAGCACCGCAACUCUUACAGCAAAAGCCGUGGUGGGACCCGGGGCGGUAGGCACGGUGGGGCUCGAGAGACGAACCGAAGAAGGUACCAAAGGCGGCACCACAAUGGCCACGGCAGGGUUCACCAGGCCCAAGGCUACAACCACUCGAGCAGGAGGAGACGGCAGCAGAGCAGGGCUCACAACACGGCUCGUGGCAACGGCCGAGCUCCAAGGACUAGACAGCACAUCCGAGCCUCCUCCAGGAGGAGCAGGCGCCGUCAGCAGGGACCACGGGUUUCUUUCAUGGAACCACAGGCGACAAGGAGCCGAUUUCGCCAGAGGUCCCGCAGCACUGUGCGCCAAACACUGAGGGAGAAUCUAAGGAGGAUGGAGCGCGAUGAAGGACGAGCUCUAAGGCUCAUCCAAGCCUCUUCCAGGAGGAAUAGGUACCAUCAGCACAGGCAUCAGCUUUCUUACAGAGAACCACAGGUGACAAGGAACCGACCCGGGGGGAGGACCCGCAACACCCGGCAUCAAACACUGAGGGCGAAUCCAAGGAGGAUGGAACACGAUGAGAGAGAGUUCCUAAGGAUGGAACGGGCUGUCCCUGCCUCCUCACGGAGGAGCCGGCGCCAUCAGCGGGGGCGCCGGGUUGUUCUCAUCGAACCGCAGGCAGCAAGGAGACAAACCCGGGGGGCGCCCCGCAGCACUCGGCGCCAAACACUGCGCGAGAGUCUAAGAAGGAUGGAACGUGACGAGGGACGAGCUCUAAGACUCGAACGGGAUGUCCCAACCUCCUUGGGGGGGAGCGAGCACCAUCAGCAGGGCCACCCGGUUCCCAUCACUGAACCACAGGCAACAGGGAACUGAUCCCCUGGAGGUGCCACAGCCCUGCUGGGCACAGGGCCUGCUAGCACACCCUACCAAGAAAGGUUUUACUCUAUAGUUUCUUAUUAGUGUCAGGAACAAUACCACUUUAGACAAAAAGACCUUCUACUAAAAAUUGCAAAAAUAAAGUCAAAUCUCAUGUUCAAAA